AUGGCGUGCAAGGCAAAAAGAUUCAAAACAUUCAUUGACCGCUGGGACAUAAUCCUGCUGUCACAACGUUACUUAACCCUCUCUAAUUUGAAAUUAUUCAAUUUAGUGAGCCAUGGAGAACACAGCUUCUAUCCAGAGGAGAUAGAAGAUCUGAAGAAGAAGCUCCAGCUUACAGAUGGGGACCAGAAAGCUUAUUAUGAGAGUUCUGAAAUAACGAUGAACAAGAACAAGGACACAAUUGCAAAGCUGAGGAUGAGUAACAAGAAGCUCCAUCAAGAGCUAGCCGUGGCUAAGGGUCAGGCUGGUGAUGAGGAAGUUAUCUUGAGUGCAUUCAACGCUUCAAGCCGAAAUGAAGUUUCUCUUGUUAGAAGUGGAAUUCUUAGCCAGGAGAAGGUGAUAACAAAGUAUGACCAGAAAGUGUGUGAGCUGAUUAAACAGUAUAACGCUCUUUGUCACAGAGCUAAUUCCAAACAGAAGAAAAUACAGCAACUCCAGACAGAGCUGAUGCAAAUGAAGGACGAUGCACGAGUAGCAGAGCAGGGUGCAGCAGGAGAGAGUGAGGGUGCACAAUCACUGAGAGUGCUGGAGAAUCGCCUUGAUAAGGCUAACAUCAAGUGUGUCGAGGCUAACCAUAUCAACAACACCUACAAACAGAUUUUAACUAAACUGCAAGAUGAACGCUUGGAGUUCGAUAACCAUGUUGACAAACUUCAAAUGAUGAUAAAGAACAAAAAGAAGGAGUAUCAGGAGAUUUUGUCAAUGAACAAGGACGCUGAGCUUGCAAAGGACAGUGCCAAGGAUGAGCUGACAUACCAGGAUGGAAAACUGCAACAAGACAAGAAGGAAAGGGAAAAGGCCCUGUUCGAAUACAGAAAACAAGCUGACGAGAAGAAGAACCAUGCUGAGAAAGUUGAAAAGAGGAUGGCGAGGUCAAGUAUACACACUGAGGAAGUCGCUGGAGUAGACAAGGAAAAGAAACUGAUCUCUGGAGAGGAGCAGGAAAGGAAGAUAAUGGGAUACGAGGAGGCGAUGCACAAAAUUAAGGAGGCUACUGGUGUCUCUGAUAUUCAGGAAGUGGUUCAAAGAUUCCUGCUACAAGGAGAGACUCAGAAACAUCUCGAGAAACUGAAGUUCGAUAACGAGAAGACUCUUCUCAGACUCCGAGAGGAGAAGGCCAAAUUCCAAGCUGAAUUUGAAAAUAUGAAGUACUCUGGAGAAGCCAAGUUGUCCAGUGGACAGAGAAUCCUGGAGGACAUGCAGGCUAAACUGGAGGAAUGUGACGGAAAUUCCACUGAUAGCAGACUCAAACUGGAAAGAAUGGAUAGAAUCUUACUCAACGUAAAGGCUGGAAUCGAGCAUCUUUCUGACAAACUCAUUUCUCUUAAACUUCCCAAGGGACAAGGCCCAGUUCGCCUGACUCAAUCUACUGCCGACGAUUAUGUGAUCGAUUUACUGGCUCAAUGCGAACAAAAACUCAUGAAGCUGAUGGAGGAUUUGGACGGCAAAGACGUUUCGGAACUUUACAGUGGUAUGGAGGAUGAAGAAUUCAGAGUAUCGAUUGAGAACAAACUACCAACAUACAACGUCCGUAUUAGCCUGCCUGCUGCGUCUGACAGGGGUGCAUACGAUGAUGAAGAAGAGAGCGAUCCUGAUGAUGAGGCACCAACUCGAGCAAACAUCAAGAAACAAGCUCAGCAGAUCAUCGACCAGCGAAACAAGAAAACCCGUGGUGGAAUCAAGAAGAAGAAGAAGAUGUAAAGACGACCGUUUUAUGAAGAUUAGUCAGAGACUGUAAACUGUUAUUUGUAAAUAGUUUAACCCUAUUGUUACAUAGCAUUUUACAUAGAUGUAUUGCGUUUUGAAUGGUGGUUGGGCAAGACUAGGAAUAUUUAAUGAACCGUAACAUAGUAUCAUCUAACACAUUAUCCUCGGAUCCUAUUUCGCUUUUACAAACGAUUUUCUGAAAAAGAUGUUCAUUUAUGAAAGUUAUUAUUUUAUCUUACUCGAAUAGCUUAGCUAUGCCAAAUCUAAGAUGUUUUCAUUUUGUAAUUUUAUUCUCCAGCAUUUGUUGUUGA